GUCAAGGCUCUCAGGGUACACAAACCUGGAGCUGUCCUCACUGUGGCUCAGUACCGCUGUUGUUUGAGGCAGUGUUGGUGUAUCUGGAAUCAUUUGAUACAUACAGCAAUUUUGUACGUAAAUAGAAAGCUUUUAGGAACAAACUCUGUUGAAAACUCUUCGUUUAUUCACAACCGCUUUUACUGCAUUUCACUGCUGAUUUUUAAUUAUAAUGGCCAGUUAAUGCAGUUA